GCUCUCACGGAAGUCCAUUCGCCAUUGGGAGGUCCGCAGUGGGUGCUCUGUGCCCUUGUUGCCGAGGGCCUCUUCUUGGGUCAUUCCUGGAGUAGGAGCCGGACUGGGGCUGAACCGGAGCUCCCCCCUGGCCGCCUCGGCGCCUGUGUGACCUCCUCGCCGGCGGGAUGUGGCGACUACGCCGGGCUGCCGUGGCCUGUGAGGUCUGCCAGUCCUUAGUGAAACACAGCUCUGGAACAAAAGGAAGCUUACCACUACAAAAACUGCAUCUGGUUUCACGAAGUAUUUAUUAUUCGCAUCAUCCUAUCUUAAAGCUUCAAAGACCCCACUUCAGGACCUCAUUUCAGCAGUUCUCCUCUCUAACUAACCUUCCUUUACGUAAACUGAAACUUUCUCCAAUUAAAUAUGGUUACCAGCCCCGCAGAAAUUUUUGGCCAGCGAGAUUAGCUGCAAGACUCUUAAAACUUCGGUAUCUCAUACUCGGAUCUGCUGUUGGGGGUGGCUAUACCGCCAAAAAGACUUUUGAUCAGUGGAAAGAUAUGAUACCUGACCUUAGUGACUAUAAAUGGAUUGUGCCCGACAUUGUAUGGGAGAUUGAUGAGUAUAUCGAUUUGGAGAAAAUUAGAAAAGCCCUUCCUGAUUCAGAGGACCUUGCAAAAUUGGCACCCGACUUUGACAAGAUUGUUGAAAGCCUCAGCUUAUUGAAGGACUUUUUCACCACAGGUCACAAAUUGGUUAGUGAAGUCAUAGAAGCUUCUGACCUACUUCUCUUGUUAGGUUCACCUGGAGAAACGGCAUUUAGAGCGACAGAUCCCGGGUCUGAAAGUGACAAGCGUUAUAGAAAGGGUCUGCUUGGUGAGCUCAUUCUCUUACAACAGCAAAUUCAAGAGCAUGAAGAGGAAGCACGCAGAGCCGCAGGCCAAUAUAGCACGAGCCAUGCCCAACAGAAGCGCAAGGUGUCAGACAAAGAGAAAAUAGACCAACUUCAAGAAGAGCUUCUGCAUACCCAGUUAAAGUACCAGAGAAUCUUGGAACGGCUAGAAAAGGAGAACAAAGAAUUGAGAAAAUUAGUAUUACAGAAAGAUGACAAAGGCAUCCAUCAUAGAAAGCUUAAGAAAUCUUUGAUUGACAUGUACUCUGAAGUUCUUGAUGUUCUGUCCGAUUAUGAUGCCAGUUAUAAUACACAAGAUCAUCUGCCAAGGGUUGUUGUGGUUGGAGAUCAAAGUGCUGGAAAAACUAGUGUGUUGGAAAUGAUUGCUCAAGCACGAAUAUUCCCUAGAGGAUCUGGGGAGAUGAUGACACGUUCUCCGGUUAAGGUGACUCUCAGUGAAGGCCCUCACCACGUGGCCUUGUUUAAAGAUAGUUCUCGGGAGUUUGAUCUUACCAAAGAGGAAGAUCUUGCAGCAUUAAGACAUGAAAUAGAACUCCGAAUGAGAAAAAAUGUGAAAGAAGGCUGUACUGUUAGCCCUGAGACCAUAUCCUUAAAUGUAAAGGGCCCUGGACUACAGAGGAUGGUGCUUGUUGACCUACCAGGUGUGAUUAAUACUGUGACAUCAGGCAUGGCUCCUGACACAAAAGAAAUUAUUUUCAGUAUCAGCAAAGCUUAUAUGCAGAAUCCUAAUGCCAUCAUACUAUGUAUUCAAGAUGGAUCUGUGGAUGCUGAACGCAGCAUUGUUACAGACUUGGUCAGUCAAAUGGAUCCUCAUGGAAGAAGGACAAUAUUUGUUUUGACCAAAGUAGACCUGGCAGAGAAAAAUGUGACUAGUCCCAGCAGGAUUCAGCAGAUAAUUGAAGGAAAACUCUUCCCAAUGAAAGCUCUAGGUUAUUUUGCUGUUGUAACAGGAAAAGGAAACAGCUCUGAAAGCAUUGAAGCUAUAAGAGACUAUGAAGAAGAAUUUUUUCAGAAUUCAAAACUCCUAAAGACAAGCAUGCUAAAGGCACACCAGGUGACUACAAGAAAUCUAAGCCUUGCUGUAUCGGACUGCUUUUGGAAAAUGGUACGAGAGUCAGUUGAACAACAGGCCGACAGUUUCAAAGCAACACGUUUUAACCUUGAAACUGAGUGGAAGAAUAACUAUCCUCGCCUGCGAGAACUUGACCGGAACGAACUGUUUGAAAAAGCUAAAAAUGAAAUCCUUGAUGAAGUUAUCAGUCUGAGCCAGGUUACUCCAAAACACUGGGAGGAAAUCCUUCAGCAGUCUUUGUGGGAAAGAGUAUCAACUCAUGUGAUUGAAAACAUCUAUCUUCCAGCUGCACAGACCAUGAAUUCUGGAACUUUUAAUACGACAGUGGAUAUCAAGCUUAAACAGUGGACUGAUAAGCAGCUUCCUAAUAAAGCAGUCGAGGUUGCUUGGGAGACCCUACAAGAAGAAUUUUCCCGCUUCAUGACAGAACCGAAAGGAAAAGAGCAUGAUGACAUAUUUGAUAAACUUAAAGAGGCUGUUAAGGAAGAAACUAUUAAACGCCACAAGUGGAAUGAUUUUGCAGAGGACAGCUUGAGGGUUAUUCAGCACAAUGCUUUAGAAGAUCGGUCCAUAUCUGAUAAACAGCAGUGGGAUGCAGCUAUUUAUUUUAUGGAAGAGGCUCUUCAGGCUCGUCUCAAGGACACUGAAAAUGCAAUUGAAAAUAUGGUAGGUCCAGAUUGGAAAAAGAGGUGGUUAUACUGGAAGAAUCGAACCCAAGAACAGUGUGUUCACAAUGAAACCAAGAAUGAACUGGAGAAGAUGUUGAAAUGUAAUGAGGAGCACCCAGCUUAUCUUGCAAGUGAUGAGAUAACUACAGUCCGAAAGAACCUUGAAUCCCGAGGAGUAGAAGUAGACCCAAGCUUGAUCAAGGAUACUUGGCACCAAGUUUAUAGAAGACAUUUCUUAAAAACAGCUCUAAACCAUUGUAACCUUUGUCGAAGAGGCUUCUAUUACUACCAGAGGCAUUUUGUAGAUUCUGAGUUGGAAUGCAAUGACGUUGUCCUGUUUUGGCGAAUACAGCGAAUGCUUGCUAUCACCGCAAAUACUUUAAGACAGCAACUUACAAACACUGAAGUCAGGCGAUUAGAGAAAAAUGUUAAAGAGGUACUGGAAGAUUUUGCUGAAGAUAGUGAGAAGAAGGUAAAAUUGCUUACUGGUAAACGAGUUCAACUGGCUGAAGACCUCAAGAAAGUUAGAGAAAUUCAAGAAAAACUUGAUGCUUUUAUUGAAGCUCUUCAUCAGGAGAAAUAAAUUGUAAUAAACCUCCUACUCAUAAUAUAAUCACCUCUGCACACAUCUGAAGAAAGAAAACUCCAGAGCCUUUUGUCCUGCCUUUUUUUUUCUUCUGCUAUUCCACCUUUCUAAACAUAAAAUAAAGUCAUGGAAUAAAAAUAAUUUAUGCGUGUUAGAGGCACUUUAACCAUCAGCUGCCUUUUCAAUGGAAACACAGUGGAAAUGGCAUUAACAUUCUAUUUUUUUGUAUUCAAGUGACAAAUUGGGUUAAUUUAACUUGGUAUGGCCAGUAGGCUCAGUCCUUGAAGAUAAGAAACUCGCUCUCCUGCUUGUUGUCUCACUUGUAGUGGCACUAGUUCAACUAACUCAUUAGCUGAUGUUACUCCAUGUCGGUUUCUUUUCCAGAAAAAGAAUGCUAGGUGUUUUGAAAUAAAACUGAUGGCAAUUUUCUAAA